GUGGAAUGAGCCCUGAUGGGAAUCCACCUGAAGCUGAACAUGCAUGAAGCGGUGGGAAUGGACUGGGGGGGAAGAGCUCUGUCCACUGUAGUAAGGUCAGAAGGCUUCACCUGCAGUGACGAAGGGGCCUCCCUGUGUGGGCAUCACUGCCUCUGCGACAUGGAUGCACAGCACUGCAGAAUGAAUGGUGACCCUUUCCAGGAAUCUAUGUACAUUGAAGAGUCCUCAAAUGAAAAUGGUGUGAUUUCUUUGAUUUUCUCUCUGAAAGAAGAAGUUGGGGCAUUGGCUAAAGUUCUGCGCACAUUUGAGGAAAAAGGAAUAAACCUGACCCACAUUGAGUCCCGACCUUCCCGACUCAACAAAGAUGAGUAUGAAUUCUUCAUUAACUUGGAAGGCAAGAAUGUCCCAGCACUGGACAAGAUCAUCAAGUCCUUGAGAAAUGAUAUUGGAGCAACAGUCCAUGAGCUUUCACGAACAAAGAAGAAGGACACUGUGCCAUGGUUCCCAAGAAGUAUCCAAGAGCUGGACAGGUUUGCCAAUCAGAUCCUAAGCUAUGGAGCAGAAUUGGAUGCUGAUCAUCCUGGGUUCAAAGAUCCUGUGUACCAGGCCCGGAGGAAGGAGUUUGCAGAUAUCGCCUACAACUACAAACAUGGCCAACCUAUUCCUCGAGUCACCUACACGGAAGAAGAAAGGAAAACUUGGGGCACCGUCUUCAGGGAGCUGAAAAGUCUCUAUCCAACUCAUGCUUGUUACGAACACAAUCACGUGUUCCCACUGCUGGAGAAGUACUGUGGCUACCGGGAGGACAACAUUCCCCAGCUUGAAGAUGUUUCAAAAUUCUUGCAGACCUGCACUGGGUUUCGCCUACGUCCUGUUGCAGGCUUGCUGUCCUCUCGGGAUUUCUUGGCUGGGCUGGCGUUCCGAGUAUUCCACUCUACACAGUAUAUUCGCCAUGCAUCCAAACCCAUGUACACACCAGAGCCUGAUAUUUGUCAUGAGCUGCUAGGACAUGUGCCUCUUUUUGCUGAUCCCAGUUUUGCUCAGUUUUCUCAGGAAAUUGGACUGGCAUCUCUGGGAGCUCCGGAUGAUUUCAUCGAGAAACUUGCUACGGUUUAUUGGUUUACAGUGGAGUUUGGACUAUGUAAGGAAGGUGACUCACUCAAGGCAUAUGGUGCAGGGCUGCUGUCUUCAUUUGGGGAGCUGCAGUAUUGUUUAUCAAGUAAGCCUGAGAUUCAGCCUCUUGUCCUGGAGAAGACUGCUGUGCAGAAGUACCUUGUUACUGAGUUCCAGCCUACCUACUACGUUGCUGAAAGUUUUAAAGAUGCAAAAGAAAAGCUAAGGAAAUUUGCUCAGACGAUCCCUCGUCCUUUCUCUGUUCGGUACAAUCCCUACACCCAGAGGAUUGAAGUCUUGGACAACGCAAAGCAGCUGAAGAACUUAGCUGACACUAUCAAUAGUGAGAUGGGGAUCCUUUGCAAUGCCCUCCAGAAGAUAAAAUGAAGAUUUGCUGUAACAUACCAAUCAUUGGCUACUGACUAGAAGUGCCACGUGAAAAUGCCAGUCUUCAUCUAGCCUCUGUCUAUUAUCUUCCUGUGUACUGCAUAAAUGCCUAUGCUAUAUAUCUUAAUUACUAUAGAUUAGCAGAGAAACAGACAUUUGCAGGUGACCCUUGACUCUUUCAGCCUUCAGAAACUAACCAUUUUUUCUCACUAAUGUAUAAAAAUGACCUUAUUUCUGGGAAUCAGGGGAAAGCCUCCAUAAGUCUUGCACCAAAGGUUAACAGAAGAGGGAGAUCUCCACCAUGCAAAGCUAUAGUCUGCUGCAACUGUGAGGUUGCACUACCACACUGGGCCCACAGGCAGACUAAUCCACUUUGCUUUCUCUCAAAGUCAUUGUCCCCUCAGUCCCUCACUUUUGUGUAAGGUUCCCACGGAGUCCCAAACUCUAUACCUUUCAGGGUGUGUACAUAUACUGCUUAGCCCUCUGUACCUCUACUCUUACAUCACAAGCACCUCUAUCCUGAAAUACAUUUUUUUCCUAAAAAUGUGAUGCUGCUAUUGAUCCAAAGCAUAGGUGCUAGCCGAAAAGACAGCAGAUAUGCUGCAGACUCAUUAACAAAGAUUUAUAUGUACAAAUAUACUGUAUUUGCACAGGCACCAAUCUCAAAAAGGUUUGUGCAAGUCAAGAAUGCUGUGUGCUGGGAUGUGUCAUUGGUCUGCAGAGCAGAGCAAGGCACUAAGAUUGCUUAUUCAGAGCACGGAGUCUGUGCCUCAAUACAGUAUCCAAAAAAAGGCCCUUCAGAGGAAAGUUAUGUAAGGGCAAGUCUGCAUGGCUUUUUGCAGCUGGAUGUGAGGUCAGUUUGCCAAGCAAGAAACCAUGCAGAUGUUUUAACAGGACAUCAAGGCCUUAUUAGUCCAGUCUCAGAGCUGUGCUGGCUGUAAUGUUGUGUAACAUUAUGGAUUCAGAGCUGAUUCAGGAUCAUCACUUUUCAGGAUCAGUCAGCUUACAGAAGAGGGAGGCCUCUCUUAAUAGACAUAUUCAGCUACUCACUGUGAAAGGCUGAUGUGUGAAGGCUACCUUGUGUUAUGUGUGUCCUCUAAGAGUGUUUUAUCAGCUCUGUUACAAGGUGUCUCCUAACUUUCUGGACACUUGUACAUUGGAACAGAAUAGAGCAAAGCAAAGCAGAACACUAUUUCCAGCUUGAAACAAUUCUGCAUCAUGAUACUAAUAUGAUUCAGGAGUCAUUUUUCUGUUGAGGAUCCAAUGAUGGAGAGAGAUUUGAAAGUCCAUGAGUCUCAUACCUGCUUUUGUACUACUCUUGUAGUUAUAGUUUGAAAAUCAAUGGAGCUUUAAUGUAAGCAUCAUCCUUUAGGAAGGUAGAAAGUACAGCUGUUUCCAUUAUGUUUAUGGUGAGUAAUGACAUUAAUCUAAGGAUAUCAGCUGGAACCCUUUUCAAUAGACAUAUACUUAUGCAAAACGGUAUAAUUUUGGUGCUUUGAAGUAAGCUUUUUUAUCUCUGUAUCUUUUUUCUUCCUUUUUUUCUCAUGACAAUGUCUGUGUAGAUCUUUCAAUACUGCUUGACAUGUAUUUUCAGUAUGAAAGUAGCCCAUAUUUUUCUCUCUUAAUAUAAUAGGGCCCACAAGGUAACUGAGUACCACAAAGAGAAAAUUUCAUCCCAAGAGUGAAGUCUUUCAAACUAAUCCUCAGGCAGCUGUCCAAACUUCUCUGCUUCUGAUUGUUGUUGUGAGGGACAGCAGCAGUAAAUCUGUAGUGAUACUGAGAAUUCAUGGUUGUCUUUUAUGUACAAGUGGAAUGGUUAAAGAGUAUUGAUGGCACAUAUCUGAUUUUGUGUCCCUUAAUGCAGGUUUAAAUGAGCAAUGACUCCAGCCAAAGUAGCAUAACACACCUGUUCAGCAAAACUGAGAGAUGAGAAAAAGUUAAAUACUCAGUAUUUUAAAAGCAGAAAAAAUAUACUGCAAGUAGAUUUUCUUGCAGAACAAAUUAGCUUUAAAUAGUACGAAUAACUUGCAUUUUAAAUAGUGCUUCUUAAUGGAUGGAUUCUUAUUUCAUGCUUAAGGAAAAUUAAAGUUGUGUAGCAAAAUGCUUUUUGUAUUAUCCAGCCAGUGUAACUCCUCUUUGUAAGGCAACCACACAGGUCAAUCAGAAUUAAAUACCCAUCUGGGAAUGCCCAUUAGAGGUGUGUUCCAAUUCAAAGGCGGCUUUCUUGGGCUGGUUGACUAUCACUCAUUCAGAGAAGAUCAUUAAACUGAUAUUAAAAAAAUAUCUCUUGAUGUGUGUAAUUACCUAGAAAUGUACAGCAAAGCCUUGCUUGCUCUAUCUUUUCAUACUUUGUAGAUCUUUGUAUGCUACUUUGACUAACCUAUCCCAAACCAAUCUUGUGAGUAACCUUACUCUCUUCUAUCCCACUGUGAUCACAUUUCUUGAUUUCCCCACAUUUCUUGAUUUCCCCAUGUUUCAGGUGAUCAGAGAAGCCCUUUCAUGAGGCUCUUUUCCUUUCCAGUGACCUUGUCCAAGGUCAGUGAUGGUGAUGGAGGGAGGGCUUGUCAGCACAGGUGACACAGGGAGGUGGUCUCCUUUGGGGGUCUCAAGAUGCCUAGAUCUGGCAGCAGCCUUGGAGAAGGGACACUUCAUUCGCCAAAGGGCACAGAAAUUAUUGAAAGAGGGAUUAAGUACAGGAGGACUCCACAAGAGUGCAUUCUUUUUGAAAACCUGUUUCUUUGUGGCUUCAAACCAUUCUGGCAGUUGGUAAAGAAGACUUUUUUGAUGUUCAAAUGUAACCAUAUGAAUUAAUCUAAAUAAAUAAAAAUAUUAAUGCCA